AUGGAAGCCGCACUUGAGUUCUGCGGUGCGUUCCCUGAAUGCUCCUCCUUCCAUGUCACUGCGCUGAGUCAAGACAAGAAGCAGUGCUUGGUCAAUCGGCAGAGUCUGUCGCCGCAGGCCGUUAGGACUUCACUGCAUCAGUGGUUAUCCCUGAGCCGAGUGCAUGUGUUCGUCCGACCAUUGCUCGGGAGAUUAGUGUUUCUAGAUCUGGAUGCUUUUGCUGGAAGUUGGGACACACUGAUCCGCCUGCGAGCCGUUGCUGAGACAUCAGCUGGCCAUUUUCAAUCCUGGUAUGUAGUGCCAAAUAACUUGGCCCGCAAGACAGCCUUGUGGGUGCAGCAGCAGUUGACGCAAGCUUUGUGUGCCGAUAAAGCUGCGUGCUCUGGACAGCAGCAGGGCCGGCUUCCUGGCUCAUGUAAUUGCAAGCCCGGGAAAUCGCAUCAAGUUCGCAUCGUGCACCGCAGCACGCAUGACCUGGAUGAGGCCGUGUUUUUGCAGCUGGUGCCGCAGGUGCGGCUCGUGGUGCAGGGUAGUCGUCUUGCAAAGCCUACACCGCAGCCUGCUGGCAUCACCGUGGACCGGUCGGCCGCAGACUGGCGUAUGGCGUGUACGUACUUUGAGAAGAACCCUGGGGCCACUGAGCAGGAUGCCAAGCGGGGCCUGGCCAGCCAAUGGCAGGCAACACGUCCAAAUCAGGGCUACUACGUUGACUUGACCGUCAAGAAGGCUGCUGAGAAAGUGGCUGGCAGUACCUCUGCAUGUCGAGACUUGGACAAGUAG